AUGGUCAUGAUUGAGAUAUAUGUCACAUAUCUCAUCAUUGCCACUAUUGGGAUCUGCCUGGUGAACUACUGGUACGGUAUCCACGCACUACAUGAGAAACCUCGAGUCAAACGAGGAAUGAAGAUUCCCCCAUUGGUGCCGUCCUUAAUACCACCACUGGGAACACUUCCGUUAAAGAUGCUGUGGAACCCUCGAGGCUUUGUUCUCUCGGCAAAGCACCUACUGUGGAACUCUCGACCAGUCCGUGCACGGAUACUGACGCAAACCCUCUACAUCUUCCAAGGCACGGAAACCAUUGGUUCCAUCCUUAAAGAACGCAGCCUCUCUCUAUUUGCCGUACAUGCGAUCCUUCUGCGGCGCGUCUUCGGCCUUCCGCCGAGCGCGUUACGGAUCUACGCCCAUGACAACUCCGGGGGUUUUCCCAGACCUUAUCCCGAAAGCAAUGUUGAGCCACAGAAUCGGAUUGAAUAUCUGAUCCGGCGUACUAACCAACGUCUACUCCUUGGGGCAGGCUUCGCUCCUUUUGUAAAGAGAUUUCAAUCCACCCUCACAGAGCGCCUGCAGGCACUCUCCAUCCGUAGCCACUGGGUCAAGUUAGACGAUUUUGUCCAGCUUUUUAAUAACGACUUUACUGCCUCAAUGAUGGAUGCACUGUGUGGGAAAUACUUAAUACGACAGCACCCGAAUUUUGCGAUCAACCUGUUUACCCUUGACGACAACGUCUGGAAGAUGCUUGUUGGGGUUCCGCGGUUCCUGGCGCCGCGGGCAUAUGCCGCACGAGACGCAGCGCUUGGUGCCUUGAAGGACUGGAACACGUGGGCACGAGAGCACUUCGACCCCGCCGCAGUCAAUUCAGAUGGCGAUGACCCGGUCUGGGGUUCCAAGUACUGGCGCGAUCGGGUAGAUGCCUUUCAACAGAUUGAAGGGUUUGAUGCUGAUGUUAUUGCCAUGCAUGAUUUGGCGGUUAUCUGGGGGAUGACCACAAACGGUAUAAAUACCUCCUUCUGGACCUGUCUGGAAGCCUUCAAAGACCAAGAACUACUUAAACUCGUUCGGGCUGAGGCUCGCGCCUGUUUGAUCUCGGAGUCAGAUGUGAAAUUUGAUAUUGAUCGCCUCUUACACCAACCAGUCCUGCAAGCCAUUUAUGCCGAAACUCUUCGCCUCCGAAUCAAUGGUUUUUUCGUCUGGUAUCAGUCCCGUGGCGACCUGAAUGUAGAUGGAUGGCACAUUCCUAACAAGAACUGGAUUCUCACUACUCCUAUGUCGGGUCAUAUGGAUCCAGAGAUCUGGUGCAGGGGGGCAGGUGUGGAUCAUCCGGUAGAGGAGUUCUGGGUGGGUAGGUGGUUGAAGUAUGCGGAUGAUGGCCAGACACUAAUAUUCACGACCGAGAUGGCCAAAGGUGCUUGGAUGCCCUACGGGGGUGCUCUUCACAUCUGUCCUGGGAGGUACUUUGCCAAAACAAUGAUCAUUCUUGGGAUGGCUUUGAUGACAACGCUGUAUGACUGUGAGGUGUUGGCUGACGAGAAGAAUCUGCGGAUGAGCAUGCGCACCUUUGGGUUUGGAACCGUUGGACCGGUUGGAAAGGUGUCAGUACGCAUUCGAAGGAGGGUAUUGUGA